UGAUUUUGAUGUUCAAGUAUCAAAAAAGAGAAACUCAAUUCUGCAAGAAUGCUUCAAAAAGCAUAUUUACAAAGUUAGACUAUUUUGCUUAACAUCCUUAAUUUUAAGUUCUAAAAAAGACAUCAUUUAGUACAGCCUUCGGAUACUUACUCACGUUAAUUUUAGCAGCAAUAUGUCUAUUUUAUUUGUACAUCUAAAUUGAUGAGCUAGCAAAACAAACAAACCCAAAUGUCAUCAUUUCCGAUAAUCAACCCCUAAACACGCCAGUAUAAAUAUUUAUAAUUUAAUUAUAGGUUAUUUACUUAUCGAGAAGCAACUUUACUUUUGUAAUCAGUGUCUCAAAUGCUCUUCUGUAAUCUUUUGAUAAAAAUUUGAAAUAUUAUAAUCUGACUGUAAAUUAAUGCCAUAGAAAAAGAAACUAUGAUGGAGGCAGCAGUAGUACAAAUAUUUCACUUAAGUAAUAUAUACAAAUAUCAUUAAAAUAAGUUGUUUCAAUUACUAGAUCGAGCCUUGUGAUUUGGAAAAACAUUUUGUAACAGAUUUGUAAAAAGUUUAUUUUCAAAAGUUUUAAUUAUCUACUAUGUAUUGUAUAAAUCCAGAAUAAUGGGAUUAAAGACCGAUAGUAUUUAAAUAUUCUAAAAUUAGUAACUUUAAGGUCAUUCAUAGAGUGAUAACUUUUAAUUCAUAACUGUAAAUGUAAAUAUGUGUAAAAACAAUACAACAUACAAAAAUUGUAGUUCAAUUGAAGAAAUUCAAAAAGGACUUGUAAGCUCAUAUUAUGCAAUCUAUCUAUCUGAUGUUCUUAUUAAAAUGUAAAAUCCUGGAAGACCCUAUGAUGAUGUAAUCACUAUUUAAAAUACUUAAUUUUCUUAUGCUAAAUCUUAAUAAUUGCAUUCUAUGUAUAAGAUUGCUAAUACUUAAACAGAUAUUGGAUUAAUCAAUAAAGAUGUAUAAAUAGACGAAACAAUUUUGUAAUCAGCAACAAAAGAAUACUCAGAAGCAUAUAAUGGAUACUAUUUAGCAAAUAAUAUCAUUUACUUAGACUAAAGAGAAACGAUUUAUUAUAGAUCAUAUAUUAAACUUUAAACAAUUUUAGGUAAUGUCGGAGGUUUGUGGUAAAUCAUUUCUUUAGUCAUUUCGGCUAUUUUUGGGCCAGUCUUACUAGCAUACAUGAAUUUAUCCCUCGUAAGCAAAUUUUUUAGAAUUGAAAGUAAGUAACCUAAGUCUUUAGUUGAAAAACAAACUUUUAAUGAAGACGAAAUUAAAGAAAUAAACUUGAUGGCUUCAGAUUUCUAAACUAGAAAUUAAUCUAUAAUUCAAAAUAAUAAUAAUAAUAAUAAUCAUUCAAAAUUAAAAUAAUAUCUUAAAAAAAAAAAGAAUCCAAUCAGUAUAACUUUCAAAGAUGCUUUGUUAAUGUACUUAGGGUGUUUAGGAAAAAAUUAAAAAACAUUUAGAUUUGCAAUUUAGAAAAUAAUGAUGAAAUUGGAUGUUGCUUAUAUUAUAAAAAAAUUACAUGAAAUCGAUAAAUUAAAGAGCAUUUUAAUGACAAAUGAAUAGGUAAAAUUAUUCAACUAUAUACCAAAACCUUUAAUACCUAGUGAUAUUUUUAAUAAAGGAUUUGAAAAAUAGUACAAUUCUAAUUCGAUUUAAGCAGAUUCUGUUUCAAUUUUUGAAGAAGAAAAAACUGAAAUUUAAAAAUUGGAAGAUUCUUAUUAAGCCUAUAUAAAAAUUAAACAAAAAAAUAAUCCAUCUAAUUUAGAUCAAAUAAUUAUUGAUUAAAUGGAUGAAGAGAUUAAAGCAUUUUUCGAAUGUAUGAGAAAAAAACAAAGUGGAUUUAUGUAUCCUUUGACUUCUCGAAUGGAUUCUACUCCAUAAAGUUAAAGAGAAGAGGAAGUUUUGAUUAUAAAUUAAGAACCUAAAGCAGGAAAAAUAUUAACAAAUAAGAAAUGA